GUAUGACAUCGGCGUAAAGUCGGGAGGUCAUCGCUGGAAACUGAUAAAUAGUGAUGUCAAAUAUUGUGGUAGGCAAGGAAACAGGCGGCGAGUAGGCACAUGAAGGGAAAAGGGAGGAGUCAUCGGCAGGAUUCACUGCAAACGAAAAUAAUGGGUUUCGCCUCGCAUUCGAUUCACAGCAGUUUGCGAGCAAAAAGGCGAUGAUCCUCGACGAAUCCGCCCUAGCAGUGUCCUGACGUAUCGCGUCGUGAUGUGUUUUAGAAGUGCUAGUUCAGAAUAAAAUUUCGUUCGUUUGUUGCUUGUGAGAAUUAUGAGUGAUACGAUUGAGCCCGUGAUUUGCUGUGGCAAUACUAAGGAUAAUGAUGGACCUGCCCCGAGGAAAAACAUCGCGCUCGCGCUUACCAGAACGCAUGCAUUCUGCCUUGGUACAUCCAGGCUACUUUUCACUUUCCUAUUGGCCACUGCCAUUAUCGAAGGGCAGGCGAAGGCGACGUUUUGUCCGAGCCUCUGCACCUGUGACGAUGAUACGUUAGUCGUAUCUUGCAUUGAAGCGAACCUAGACGUAAUUCCAAUAGCACUGAAUCCUAGUAUUCAGCGGAUAGUUCUGAAGGACAAUAAGAUAAAAACAGUCGAAGCCGCAGCAUUCCAGUUCUAUGGGGACCUCAAGACUGUUGAUUUAUCGAGCAAUCACCUUCUCUCAAUUCCAGACGGAAGUUUUGAAGCACAGAAGCAGCUUGUGGAACUGCAUCUGAAGCACAAUAGACUUUCAGCAAUAAACGAGAAAACAUUCCAAGGCCUAAAAUCGUUGACCGUCUUAAACCUACGUGACAAUUAUCUGGAAACAUUAAAGAAUGGAUUCUUCAGUUCCCUCUCGAAGCUCGAAGAGCUCGAUCUAGGGCAAAAUCGAAUAUCCAACGUUGAGCCUAACGCUUUUCAGAAGUUGGGAUCACUUCGAGUGCUCUACUUGGAUGACAAUCAGCUGAGAAUGAUUCCUUCGCCGGCUCUUGGCCCACUCAACGCUCUUGCUGAGUUACAUAUUGGCCUAAACGCGUUCACAUCCCUCUUUGUUGAUGGCUUCCAAGGUCUAGAUCGUCUUACCGUAUUAGAUAUAUCCGGAGCCGGAUUAGACAAUAUCGGUGAGAAAUCAUUUAGAGGUCUAAACACUCUUCGAGUGCUGAAACUCGGAGGCAACAAACUGAGGGAAGUUCCUACAAGACAAUUGGGCAUUUUGCCUCGAUUGGAGCAAUUAACAUUGGGCCAGAACUUCUUCACCAUUUUGAGAUCCGGCGCUUUUCAAGGACUGUCUAAUUUGAAAACACUCGACAUUUCAGGUGCGAAAAUACUAACUACUGUACAGAGAGGGGCAUUUUCAGAUAAUGCGAAUCUUGAGACCCUUAUUCUGAGUAGCAACAAACGUCUCAAUGAUAUGGAGGAUGGAGCUCUAGCUGGUCUUCCAAAUCUUCGAUACCUCAUGUUAAGGGACAAUGCCUUCACAGGAUUCUCUGAAUCUUUAGUUGCUUGGAAUGAACUUCGCAGGUUGGAUCUUGGUGAAAAUCCCCUGAUUUGCGAUUGUGGAAUUCUAUGGCUAGCUGAAGUUCUUGCUUCGAGGAAUUGUUCUCCUGUAAUCUGCUCCGAACCUCAAAAUAUGAAAGGUAAACCUCUCAAAGGCAUGCAACCUGAUGAUUUGGGCUGUGCAUUCUUCGAUCCGCGGAAGCAGGCGUUAUGGGCCACCCUAUGUGCCGCUGGAAUCGCUCUUAUUGCUGGGCUAGGACUAAUCCUUUACUACAGGUGCCGAAGAAGUGUUCAUGAAGUUCUCAGCGACUAUAAGUGGAAGAAUCGUGCCAUGUCUCGGAAGGAACACGAGUACCAGAAAACCUUCUCGGAGGACGAGUACAUCGUGCGUGCCGCUCACGCCCAUCAGCACCAUCCUCAGUCGCAGCAUUAUCUGCACCAUCAGCAACAACAACUGCACGCUCAUCAAUUGACUGCCAGCAAUCGACCUGUACCCGUGACGGAACUGUAGCUAGAGCUUCGGGCAGCGAGCCCAGGUAAUGGCGCAGUUUGGUUUCUACCGCACGGUGGUACCACUAUAGCCGAGGGUUUCACCUAUAUUGACGGAGAAACUGUGCGACAGAAGCGGUGCCCAGGGACGCUGCCCGCCUCAGGCGUUUGCCACAGUGUCAAGUGCUCCAAUUCUUGCUCUUCCAUCGGUGAUCUCGCCAGCCCCAUGGGAAGCUCGGGUGGAGGAACCAUUUCAGGUAGAGUACAUCAUCGCUCAAAUUAUUCUGCGAGGAACCAAGAACAGUCACCUAGGCUGCCGCCCUCGCCCAAGUAUUGGCCUAUGUACAUACAGACCUCUUGCCCGACGCUUAAUGGGCAGCCGAAACAGCGCCACAAAUACUAUGGUGAACGGGACAGAAACUGGCCGGACCCAAGACAAGACCUACAGGUUCUUGCUGUGCCUCAUUGUAACGAUGGCACUCGAGAGCUCGAAAUACAUGGCAAUAAAUGUGGAAGUGAUGUCAGUACUUAUCGUACGUAAGAGAACUCGUAGUGAUAUUGCUAAUGAACAAACUGAAAAUCGGAUAAGUAAUAAUUUUGUAAUUGUGAUAUGGAUGAUAGUUAUUGAAUCGGCGUUUUCCGCCUGGUUCAGGCGAUCAACUAUUCGCCGAUUUUGUCGAAUGAGCGCAAUGUGGGAAAAUGAAUAAUUUAGGAAUAGUUAUAUAUAGUGAUUAUGCAUGGACAAAAUGAUAUAUUGCCUAUCGCAAAAUUUAUUUUUCACGGUUUACACGUUUUAGGUAGGCACGGUUUGAAAAACUGCGCAGCAGAUACCCAAGGUAGUUAUAUAUGCGCAGCAGGUUCUGAAUGUACUUAACUUGCGAGUUAGUUAACUAGGUACUUAUACCGCAAUUCAAAUUUUCUGCUUAAUAUAUCUUGGUUUAUAAACACAAUAUAUCUAUACAAUUUUCUGCCCCCCCCCCCAUCCAGGACACUUCUCUGAAUCCCCGCCUGGCUAGCUUAGGAAUGCAACGUUCUGGUCAACAUAACUAGAUAUUCUAGUCAACUUAACCAGGUGUUACGGUAAGCUUAACCAGACUUCCUAACCCCUUUUGAAAUUACAUGGACUGCUUCCCAAAGAAAAUAAUCUAACUCUUUUCAAAUUCGUAGUCAAAAAUAGGGGUUCUCAUUUAAGGAAAGGGUCUUACCUCUAUUUGACCUUGAAAAUUGACCUCAAGGUCAAAAUUGAUGGUACAUUCAAAUGUCCCCCUGGGUCCUGUUCAAUCUUUGUCCGAACCAUUUCUUCGUACAUAAAGUAUUUUAGCAGAUAUUGGAUUAUAGGUUAAAAUGGGUCACCGCCCGCGGUGUGUGUGUAUGUGUUGUGUGUGUGUGAAUUGGGAUAGUUACAACACUCUACGCACGAAUAGCAUAUUGUUGUCAAUGCCAAAAUAUUUUUCAUAGACCCGAAAAAUAUUUGCGUUGUUAGGUAUUAUUCCUGUACCACUAAUGUGUAAACAGAUAAUCCACAGCUUUUUCUAUAAUACAGCUAAAUUCACGGCUCAUUAGAAUUAUUUAUACUUAUAAAUCUGAAAAUACAUUAAACAAGUCGCGAUUGUUAAAGAACUGGACAUAUACGAUAGAGCUUCAUAUGGCACAUCCAGCCACAUGACAUAAGAUAAAAGACAAAUUUCUUGAAACCGACACAAGACUACGACAAUUCUGUUACCAGAAAUAUUAACCAGAAUAGUUUUUAACAGACAAAAUUAACCGCGCUUAAUUAACUAGAAUUUUCUGGUCAUAUUAAUCUUCACUUCUGAUAAAAAUAACCAGAAUUUUUUAACUAGACGCGUCUAGUAACUUAAUCUUGAACUUUUUUGUAUUGUGCUAUAAAUGCGGCGGGUAUCUACUGUGCAUAUCUCAUUACAUAUGGUAUCGACUGCGUAGGUCAAGGUGCCUUCGGUAACUACUGCUCAGGUGUAAAUACCUCAAAUGCUUACUAUGCAGGUCCUUGGGGUCGUUUUGGGCCUUCUACGAUGAUCAAGAAAGUGUAAGACGAAAAGAAUGUUUUGUGAUAUGUUGCACAUAAUUAGGACUAUGCCUAUCACUAUAAAUAAACUAUCGAUAUAUUCUUCGAAAUACAGAUAUGCUAAAAAGUGUGCACCUUUCAGAGCCAAAAUAAAUGUUGCAUUUUAUUGGGUUACAAAUUAGUUUGUAAUUCAAAUUAAGAAAUGAAGGGUAGACCAGGAUUUAAAGUUUUGUGAACUCUUUUUGCUUUUAAUUUCAGGAUACUGAAAAUUCUUAUUUUUAUUUAAGGCUUCAGUUAUGUAUUUCAUUAUAAGGAAGCAUACAAUUCCGUAAUAAGUGUUUCUAUUAAUAUAAAAAUUCUAUACUCUAUUUUCAGUUUGCACAAUAGCUAAAUUCGAUACCAGUGCGCCAAUUUAAUUUAAAAGACUGAGAGGGAUGUCCGAAAGGGCCUCUCCUGAUUCGAAGUGAUUCGCUGUACCUGUGCGUCGAUGUAAGGCGAGACUUAAAUUUCAGAUCUCAUGGACGCGACGUCCGAUGUUGGCGAUAAGUUUCGAUGGUGGAAGGGUUAAGUUCGAUAGUGGAACGGUCUAAGUAGACGAACUUUGAAACUAUGUAAGAUUUUUAAAUCUGGAAGUACCUUAUAUUACACUAUAACUGCGAAAGUCUUUCGCUCUUCCGCAGCUGAUCUAUACUUGCUGUUACUUAUUAUCUUAAGAAUACGAAUACGUUUCUACCACCAUACAAUGACGACUUUGUUAGGACAAUGAAGAAAAACUGUACUGGAGAUGAAAUUUAUUUAUUUAUUUAUUUAUCUUUAUACUUUUACGAAGCUGGCACAAACUUGUGAAGUUUUAUUAAAAACAAAUAAGAAGAACAUCUAUAAAAUGUAGGUUAUAUGGGUAAACCGCAUUGGAAAUUAUCUUUUAUUCAUACCUAUAUUUUAACUUUCUAUUGUUGUCUUAUAUUGUCGUGUUUUAACAUCUGAAAACUCGAAUAACCCGACCGAAAACUUUUCCAAUAGAAAAAAUUGGGCGCAUGAUUUUAACACGGGUUUUGUAUGACGUAAUAUAUAUAUAUAUAUAACCUGAAGAAUUGAAGGUGAGAGUUUUAUCUCAUUGUCGUAUGUUACACAUUCUAAACUGUCGAAUUAUUUUCUAAGGAAACACCAAUGUCUAAAGUAAUAACGUAUAAAUAUAAAAAUAUAUAUUAUACAUACAGGAUAUUUCAGAAGGAAAUGCGCCACUUCGUAAAUAAUAUACAUUGCGCGAACAGAAAAAAACCGAAUAUUUAUACAUAUUUAAGCGGUCGCAGGGGAAAAAAAUAUCGAUAGGAAAAUGUAGGUACGUUUAUAUCGCAUAUAUGUUAAGUUUUUAAGGUAAUUUGCGCUCGAUAAUCUGUACGAAUUUUCCUUCUUUAUUCAGAGAUAAGUUUGAAUGUUAUUCUGAGCGAAUCUAGCUGGUUGACGAACUGUUUUUUAUUAUAAAAGAUAGCUUAGAAUAUCGUGUUGUUUCGAGAGUUUUAGUGCUUGUAUACAUAUUUUGUGCAUCCAGUUAUGUUUUUAUACUUUUUGGUAGUUCACGAUAAUAUGUUUAAUCGCCAAUAAUCCAAAUGCCUGUUUUCAGUUAAUUGCACAGAACAUGCCGCGAAUUAUUUUGUUUAUUUUAACAGCCAUCCAUAAAAAUAAGUUUUAAUGAAGCCAGUUUUACUCCAAGGUGAACUUUAAUUAUGAAUAUAAGAAAAGAAGUUUUAUUUUGUGUUUGUAUUUAUUGUUAACUCAACUGUCAGUUCCAAUUAUAAUUCUCUUUGAUAAAUUCUCUAUACAACUACACUUUAAAUUAUGUAGCUUUAGGUAUGAUUUAGGUUUUUACGUUAAAGCAAACUUGUAAAUACUUUUUUUGACAGCUUCUUGCCAAUUAUAGAUCUAAGUAAUGUUUAAAAAUGCAGUGAUAGCAGAGUGCAUUUUUAAGCAAUAUGUUUCGAUUACGUCAAAGCUGACUUACAAUUAGUUUCACUUCAUAUUGCCUCUGAGACUCAGCUGAAACUAAUUCAAAUUAUUUCAGUACGAUUAGCAUUAGUAGAUUUCCGUAUGUAUAUCCAAAAAAAUAUCGAUACUUAGAUAGAUAAACGUUUAUUUUUCGGCCUGCUGGCCUUAAAAAAUGGACUUGCUUACACUUCCAUUUUGUACAGAAUUUUCUUACAGCUAUCUCUCACAAAUUACCACCCAUCCACACCUUAUAACUGCUAAAGUUUUUGCAAGUUUAAAACUCUUUUAGAAUUUGAUCUUUUUUCUAGUUUUAACAAAAUCUACUUUUACGCUUGACUUCAACGUGCAUAUUUUUUGUAACAGGACUCUGUUAUUUGCUUUCUUACUUCUCGACGACAUGCCAAACAAUUUCCUUAAUUAUGUGAAUUUUACGGAUACAAUGGCAUCAAAAAGAUGAGACCGCGUGUUUAGAAAUUUCAAUUUGCAAAAUACCGAAUAAUAUUCGAACAUAGUAGCGGCUAAGGAAUCUUUUUUUUCAUUCUGAAAUUCUGCAGAUAUCGUUAGAAGAGAUAAUUGGAAAUUGUUGAUCUCGUGUAAUUUAAAAACUUGUUUACGCUGACGAAACAUUUACUCACAAAUGAAAUUUUGCUUGUAUAUGAUAACAUUAUCAAGAUUCACAAACUAAUAGGAAACUGUCAAGUUUCUUCAAAUGUGAAAACUAUAAAUAGAAAGCUCUCUUAAAUUGAAAUUUUUUCCAACAUUUUUCAUUAAAUUUGGUUCGUUUCAAGUAUUUUACACGCAUUUGUAUUAUUGUCAUUUAAAUAUAAGUACUUAAACUCAUUCCUUUCCUGAAUCAGCGUAGGGCAGGAGAUACAAACGUUUCAAAUCAUUUUUAUACGUGGUAAACCGUCGUGACAUGUCUUUUUCUUACAUUUCUAAGUGUGAUUCAAUUUCGGCACAAAUCCUCUUUGCACAGAACUAUUCUGAUGACGAAAAGAUAAGUUACUUGGAAUUUUCUCUUCAAUUUUUACCUUAUAUUUUCUUGAGAAGCCUGAAUGCACCUUGAUUGAUAGUGCUACAUAGAAUGAGGCAAACACAAUUUUAUAAUUCAGAUACCAAUUACAGUGAACUAAAACCAUAAGAUCGGUUAGUGAAACUUUAAAUUUUCGAAAUUUCUUGUAGAUGUAUAGAGAAUGGUAAAAUUUAAAGCAAUUUAUCUUAUGGCUGCCGUUGUAUGUAUAUGUUAAUCUAAGUAUAACGAGUUUGAACCAGUAAUAUGAGACAUGAGAACAAGUAACGUAUAGUACUAUUAUUAUAAGAUCAUGUAUAUAGCGAUAAAAACUUAACAGUUUACGUACUGUAAAGAAGGUGCGACAGAAGCAGUCAUGACUGAAAUAAAAAUACCACGGUUGAACGGAAAA